AUGCUGACAGCCAUCCACAAAGGAGAAGUCGUCACUGUUAAUUAUUCUUUAAAGAGGGAAAUUGCCCUAACUAGAAAGGAUCUUGUGGAGUUGGUGAAAAUGAAAGAUUUGCAACAUGACAAUAUCAUUUACUUCCUGGGUGCAAGCAUCGAGCCCGACAGAAUUUGCUAUCUUACUCAAUAUUGCGCAAGGGGCAGCUUACAGGAGCUCUUGGCAGACCCCCAAACAAGCGUAGAUUGGACGUUUAAAUUGUCAUUCGCAACGGAUCUUAGCAAGGGCAUGAACUAUCUUCACAAAUCCUUCAUCGCGCAGCACGGAAAACUAAGCAGUAAAGUCUGCAUGAUUGACAACAGGUUAUGGGUCCUUAAAGUUGCUGGAUUUGGGUUAUCAAAGUUCAAAACCGAAAUAAAAGAAGAACAUUCCAGUGAAAAUUUCUACAGAGAUCUGCUGUGGACUGCCCCUGAACAUUUGUUGCCGUCUGGUUCCAGUCAGAAGGGCGACGUUUAUAGCUUUGCUAUCAUAGUGUACGAAAUUUUGUUCAAAUGUUUUCCAUAUCAGACGAAUAACCUGAAAUACAAAGACAUAAUAACUCGCAUUCACAACUGCCUGACUGAACCCUUCCGUCCUCAACUUCGCGCCUUGGAGGACGCGGAUGCCAACCCGGCAAUUGUAAGCCUGGUCACUAAGUGCUGGGCCGAAGACCCCAACGAUCGACCAGCCUUCGACGCCGUUGAGAAAACGUUGAAAAAGUUUCACACUGUAAAAUCAGACAGCAUAGUGGACAGCAUGUUGAAGAAACUGGAAAAGUACGCCAAUAAUUUGGAGCUGAUUGUGAAGCAGAGGACUCAGGAGUUGAUUGAGGAGAAGCGCAAAACUGACAUUUUACUGAACAGCAUGCUGCCACCUUUUAUAGCCGAUGAACUGAAAGCUGGUCGCAAGGUAGAGCCAAAGUUGUAUCAAAGUGCUUCAGUGUAUUUUUCUGACAUUGUUGGGUUCACGACUUUGUCAUCUGAGAGCACUCCCAUGCAAAUUGUGGAUCUGCUUAAUGAUCUAUAUGGAGCAUUUGAUGAUACCAUCUCCAAGCAUAAUGUUUACAAAGUUGAGACGAUAGGAGAUGCGUACAUGGUUGUGAGUGGUCUGCCUCAGGUAACAGAGCGCCAUGUCGUGGAAAUAUGCAACAUGGCAUUGGAUCUGCUGGGCAUCGUCAAGACCUUCAAGAUCAGACAUCGGCCUGAGAUGACACUCAUGUUGAGGAUUGGCAUUCAUUCGGGACCUUGUGCUGCCGGAGUGGUCGGUCACACGAUGCCUCGCUACUGCUUGUUUGGUGAUACGGUCAACACCGCAUCCAGGAUGGAAUCAACUGGUGAAGCGCUCAAAAUCCACUUGAGCACAGCAGCCAGAGAUCAGCUCCUAAGAUUUCCUGGCUACGUUAUCGAGUUGAGAGGCCCCACGGAGCUAAAAGGCAAAGGUACCAUGGUGACUUACUGGCUCUUAAAGAAGGAACCAUCAGAAAAUAAAAAAAAGUGA